AUGCCCAUCCUGGGCGCCCGCGAUGUGUCGCCUUUCCUGGUCCUGCUUGUUUUCGUAGCUACCCUUGGCCCUUUCCAAUUCGGCUAUCACUUGUCCGAGCUGAACGCCCCGCAACAUGCCAUCACCUGCGAGAAUGACGACCUCCCCACCGUCACCAGCGCUCUAGCCCGUAUCACCGCCAAACUCUCGUCCACCACAGGCUCCGUCGAUGGCUGCAAGGGCAUACCCAUGGAGGAGGCUGCUUUCGCAGCCGUCUCCUCUGUCUUCACCAUCGGCGGCCUCAUCGGCGCCCUAGCCGCUGGGCCCGUCACCUCCAAGAAGGGCCGGUGGCUGUCCAUACAGAUAACAGCUGUUACCUUCAUCCUCGGUGCCGCAGUAGAGGCCCUGGCGCCCGCUGCAUGGGUUCUUGGGCUUGGUCGCUUUGUGUCUGGCCUCGGGUCCGGCGCCAGCACCGUCAUCGUGCCGCUCUACAUCUCCGAGGUCGCACCACCCGCCGAGAGGGGCUUCUUUGGCGCCUUCACACAGAUCAGCUGCAACACUGGCAUUCUAACCGCGCAGGCACUGGGCUACUUCCUGAGCCAUGGCGCUGCUUGGCGCUGGAUCCUGGGAAUCAGCGGCAUCAUCGCUGCUGGCCAGGUGGUGCUGACCUUCUUGAUACCCGAGAGCCCCGCCUGGCUAGCUACUGUCAAGGGGGACGCGCCGGCUGGCCGCAGAGUCCUACAGCGAAUCCGUGGGCCGCGGGUUAACAUCGACGACGAGGUAGCCCUCUGGGGCUCCGGCGCUGUCAAGGCCUCCGUGGAUGCCAGUGAGGAGCAGGGGCUGCUGGCUCCGCCUGCGGUGGCGGCGGUCGAGAGAGAAGAGGAGGCCCGGCACAUUGGGGUCAUGGAGGCGCUGAGGGAUCCCCUCUACCGACCGGCUAUGAUCGUGGUCAUGGGGGUCAUGUUCGCCCAGCAGCUGUGCGGCAUCAACUCGAUAGUGAUGUACUCGGUGGCGCUCCUCAAUGGCCUGCUGCCCCUGAGCUCUAUCGUCCUGACCAUUCUUGUCUCCGCCGUCAAUCUUGUCAUGACUGCGGCAUGCUCGCCUCUCCCAGACAAGUGGGGCCGCAAGACGUGCCUCCUGGUGUCCAUCAUCGGCCAGGGGUGCUCGUCCCUGGUGCUGGCCAUCUCAAUCAUGACGGGGUUUAAAAUCAUCUCGGCUCUGGCUGUCGCCUUCUUUGUCGGGUUCUUCGCCGUCGGGCUGGGCCCUGUGCCGUUCAUCCUCGCAUCGGAGCUGGUGGGCCAGGAGGCCGUUGGCGCGACGCAAUCCUGGUGUCUGGCUACUAACUACACGGCUACCUACCUUGUGGCGCAGUUCUUCCCCAUCGUCAACACGGCUUUGAACAACUGGCUGGGCGGACGUGGUGGGUGGGUCUAUUUUAUCUUCGCAGCCUUUGCAGCGAUGUUUUCCCUCUUCAUCUGGAGCAGGGUGCCCGAGACCAAGGGCAAGAGAGAUGCGGAUGAGGUCUGGGGGCGUACAAGACGGUUGGACUGA